AUGAACUACCCAAACACCCGCCCGCUCAUCCCCUCGUGGUCCCCAAACCCCAUCCCGAACCUCUCCCUCUCCGCCGGCGGCCUCCUGGCCCUCGCCGACCUCAACACCAUCGCCCAGCGCACCGUCAUCGCCGGCGGCUCCUCCUGGCUCGACGCCCUGGUCCUGGCCCCUGGCCUGCACUACCAGCAGGCCGCCGACGCCCUCGACCACAAGCUCGACGGCGCGGCCGACAUUGCCGCCGCCGCCAUCGAGCAGUCGGCGGCGCCCACCGGCCCGGCGGACCAGGUGCGCUAUGUCAUCAGCAAUGCCGCCUUGGUCAGCUUCCUCCGCCGUCUGUGGACUGAGGCUGCCGCGUCGACCGGCGGAGGGACCCUGACGCUCGACGUCGCCAUGCUCAAGGACGGCGGCGCGCUGGGCAGGCAGGAGAUGGAGAAGCUGGUGCAGAGGGUGAGCGGCUUCGUCCAUCGACGCCCGCCCGCUCCCGCAUCCGCGCUCCCCGUCCCGCCCGUCGAGAUGGACUGGCUCAGCCACGUCUUGUACCUGCUGAGCCCGCUGCUGACCACCUUGGCCGUGACGCUCAUGAUCCUCCUCGGCGACUGGUGGGGCCUCGCCUUCAUCUUCUCCCUCAUGCUCUCCCGCAUCCUCAACAUCUGGUCCAUCAAGCAGCGCUCGCGCCCAGACCCCAAGCGCGCCCACUCGCCCCCCCUUGUCCCGGACGGCGACCGCCUGACCGAGUACGCCAUCGACCUCGGCCACGGCCGCCGCGCCGUCCUGCGCGGCCUCAACUCCGACCUCCAGGCCGUCACCACCCAGACCUGGCUGCGCGCCAAGUCUAACCUCGACGGCUACCUCGAGGCCGCCGCCAAGCUCCUCGUCUACCUCGUCGCCGCCUUUAGCGGAAACUUGUCCCAGGCCGGCGCCAUCGUCCUCAUGGCCCUGCUGCUCGUCAGCGCCGGCCUGCUCGGCCUGAGCAACGCCCACGCCCGCGGCUUGCAGAUGAAUGGCCGCGUUGCCAGGGUGCAGAGCGGGCAGCAGCAUGCCAUGCGGCAGCGCCAGACCACGGGGCGGAUGCAGACGGACAGGGAAAGCGGGUCACUCGACGCACAUACAGGCGAGAGCCUCCUCCCUCUCUCAUGA